AUGGGUCGGCGUCCCGCGCGGUGUUACCGCUAUAUAAAGAAUAAACCAUAUCCAAAGUCGCGUUUUUGUCGUGGCGUUCCCGAUCCAAAAAUACGAAUUUUUGAUUUGGGAAGAAAAAAAGCGAAUUGUGAUGAAUUUCCAUUGUGUGUUCAUUUAAUGUCCAAUGAGCGUGAACAUUUGUCGUCGGAAGCUCUCGAAGCAGCUCGUAUUUGUGCCAAUAAAUAUAUGGUAAAACAUUGUGGUAAAGAUGGCUUCCAUAUGCGUGUUCGUAAACACCCCUAUCAUGUUGUUCGGAUUAAUAAAAUGUUAUCAUGUGCCGGUGCAGAUCGACUGCAAACAGGAAUGCGUGGUGCAUUCGGAAAACCUCAAGGGCUAGUUGCGCGUGUUGACAUUGGUGAUGUUUUAAUCUCAGUACGUGUGCGUGAGCAGCAUGAAGAACAUGCUGUAGAAGCAUUUCGACGAGCUAAAUUCAAGUUUCCUGGUCGGCAGCUUAUUGUUGUUUCUCGUAAAUGGGGUUUCACAAAAUGGAAUAAAGAAGAUUACGAAAAGAUGAGAGAAGAAGGUCGUUUACAGAUGGAUGGAGUCGGCUGCAAGCUUAUUCGUGAGCAUGGUCCUCUUUCUAAGUGGAUACCAAUUACUGGAUAA